CUUUCGUGGGUUGCUGUCGCUUUUGUAGUUGCCGCUAGGUCGGCAGAAGGACCAUUAGUCAGGUCACGUGACCGCUGUGCCGAUAGUAGCGAUGCGCCGCAUUCAGAUCCCAGGGCAGAGAGGAAAAUCUGGACAAAACAAAGGACGUUAUCUUUGCUGCUUUGUGGACUGAGACGCUGCUAUAGCAGUAGCAGCCAUGGAAAGCCCAGAGAUAAUAAAUACAUGCAACUCUUUCGAUGGACAUGACAGUAUCUACUGCUGCAAGCAGUGUCCCAUGACUGAUGUUCUACUCAUGGAAGACCAGCUACGAAGAAAACUUAAAUUCUUUUUCAUGAACCCCUGUGAGAAAUUCCGUGCCCGUGGAAGAAAGCCUUGGAAGCUCUGUAUUCAAAUUUUAAAAAUUGCAGUUGUGACGGUCCAAUUAGUUUUAUUUGGACUCAGUAAUGAAAUGGUAGUCACCUUUAAAGAAGAGAACACUGUGGCUUUUAAGCAUCUGUUUCUAAAAGGAUAUAAGGACAGACAUGAUGACACAUAUGCUAUCUACAGUCAAGAAGAUGUUCAUGCUCAUAUAAACUUUACAAUUAAAAGGUACCUGGAGCUACAAAACAUAUCUGUUGGAAAUCAUGCAUAUGAUAGUAAUGGCAAAGGUCAAACUGGGAUGUCAUUAUGCCAACAUUUCUAUAAACAAGGAAUUAUCUUUCCUGGAAAUGAGACAUUUGAAAUUGACCCGCAAAUUGAGACUGAAUGUUUCCAUAUUGAUCCAUCCACUCUGUGUUCUAAUGACACACCUGCUGAAGCCUGGUUUAAUAUGACACUAGAUUUCUAUAGACUUGUUUCAGUAGAAAUUACAUUUAAGCUGAAAGCAAUUAAUCUUCAAACCAUUCGCCAUCAUGAACUUCCAGACUGCUAUGACUUCAUGGUUACAAUAACAUUUGAUAAUAAAGCGCACAGCGGAAGGAUAAAAAUAACCUUGGAUAAUGAUGUAUUAAUCCAAGAAUGCAGAGACUGGCAUGUAUCUGGAUCUAUUCAAAAAAAUACCCAUUAUAUGAUGAUUUUUGAUGCUGCUGUUAUUUUGGUCUGCUUAUCUUCUAUAACGCUGUGCAUUCGAUCUGUGGUAAAAGGGAUUCAACUACAAAGAGAAUAUGUAAACUUUGUCGAGCAUCAUUUUACAAGGACUGUGUCCUCAGCUGAUCGCAUGGAAUUUGUCAAUGGCUGGUACAUUAUGAUAAUCAUCAGUGAUGUUUCGUCAAUUAUUGGCUCAGUCUUGAAGAUGGAGAUCCAAGCAAAGAGCUUCACCAGUUAUGAUGUCUGCAGUAUUCUCUUGGGAACAUCCACCUUAUUAGUGUGGCUUGGAGUUAUUCGUUACUUGGGAUUUUUUAAAAAAUACAAUCUUCUGAUCCUGACACUUAGGGCAGCCUUGCCUAAUGUGAUACGAUUCUGCUGUUGUGCAGCUAUGAUCUACCUGGGCUACUGCUUCUGUGGUUGGAUUGUGUUAGGCCCUUACCAUGUAAAGUUUAGAUCCCUGAACAUGGUUUCGGAAUGCCUGUUCUCCCUUAUUAAUGGAGACGAUAUGUUUACCACAUUUUCAAUCAUGCAGCAGAAGAGCUACUUGGUUUGGCUGUUUAGUCGCAUUUAUUUGUAUUCAUUUAUAAGCCUCUUCAUAUACAUGGUUCUAAGUCUCUUCAUUGCACUCAUAACUGAUACAUAUGAUACAAUCAAGAAUUACCAGAUCGAUGGCUUUCCAGAAACUGAACUUCAUGCAUUUGUAUCCGAGUGCAAAGACUUGCCAACCUCUGGUCGAUAUAGGGAAGAAAAUGAGGCCUCCUGUUUGUCUAUGCUGUAUUGUUGUAAUCAGUAGAAAAAAGAAGUACUUCAUCAAUGGCCUUUAAAAUCUGCCAGAAGAAAAAGUAAUAAACUUGCUAAGGAUUGUUUGGUAUCCUGCUUAUAUUAGCCAUGGUGUUUCAUAGUGUGUACCAUGUGCACAGUAGGCAUUAGUGCAUCUUCUAUGUGCACAGUCUCAUGAAAAAUCCCAUGGAUGCAUGGGUUCACAGGCGUGCAGCACAGUCAAUAGCUUAGAUCUGCAUGCAUACAGUAUGCCUUUACUUUGUGUGUGUGUGUACCCUAUGUAUAUUGGCCAAUACUUCCCAAACAAAUAAGACUGCAAGAUGACUAUGCAGCAGGCACAUUCAGAAAGUAAAUCAUUUUCACCAUGCUACAGACAAUUAAACAUGCCUUUUAUAUAGAUGAGGUUCAUGAUUAUUUUUUAUACUGCACUGUUACCAUAUCUAUGAAUGUAGAUAGAAAAUGUUAGCGCUGUACUACAAUGUCUGUUUCUUACUUAAAUUGUUCUAGUCAUAGGAUGGAAGCUGUUUGUAUAGCAGAAAAUGUGACAGCAGCAGUCCUAAUUUAAAUGUAUUGCUAACUGAGCUGUGAACUGCCCAAAGGAGAAGAUGUAAAGGGAUAUUAUUGUCAUAUGCAUUAAUCUUGUGUAAUAUUGCAUGCACAAAUAUGUGUGGAUUGCUCUUCGAGUCGAGUUAACACUAUUUAUGUGCAAAAUUCUGAGGUCUUAAUUUAUAGCUUUCCUUUCUUUUGCUUGGAUUUUCUUAUCUCCUUCACUUUACUGUUUGAACAAAACAAACUGCUGCAUUGUGUUAUAAGAAAAUCAGAGGUUUUCAGACCAUUCCUGGAAUAUAGGUGAGGCCAAAGUUUGACAAACAUGUUGAGAUCUGCUUGUUUGUCAAGGCCACCAAUCAAGCGGACCUCUGUACAAUUGGCCACUCCCAUACUGGGCCAAAUCAGGAUGAUCAUAAUCCCAGACAGCACUAAUGUAGUUUUCACCCCUCGGGACUUUCAAAUCGGAGGACAAUGCAGAUAUCAAUGUAUGCCUAUCUGAGGGCCCCAUGCAUUAAACUGGCGAGCUGCUCUGGAAGGACAGAGUCUGCAUCUUUUUUUUGAUUCUGGAUCCAAGGAAUGCAACAAUCCCAGUAGUCGUAUAAAACCGCCUUUAUUUUCACAUAUGGCACAGCAAAGUUUCGGACCUUACUGGUCCUUUUUCAAGCUUGUGCUGCAAAUUCCUUGGAUCCAGAAUGCAAAACGUGUAGGUGAACACAUGACGGUGCGUGCACCACUUUAAAAGAAAAAGGUAAUCACUACAGUGCUGGGCUAACAAAAAACUUUUAGCUUAUUUUUGAUUCACAGGCAUAAGAAGCCGUUUUAGCCAACUAUAGUUUCUGAACAAAAUUACAUAAUUGCAUGUCCACAAUAAAACACACAUAUGGUUCAUUAUCAAGAACACAUGUAAAUAUGUAUAGCGUGCAUCCUAAAAUACGACUAAUAUAUUUACUUUUAAGUAGUAUUAUAUAGAUCUCUCAGGGUCAUAACUUUUUCUAUUCAUAAAUGUGUCUUUUCAUGUUAAAUAUUAAAUAUAAUUCUUGCUGUGACCGGGCGAUAGAGUGCGAAUGAGCACUAGCACCUAUCUCUUUCGCUAGUGAAUUGGCGCCUAAAUCG